CUUAUUUGUUAUAGAAAAAGUGAGAACCAUGGUAACAGAAAUUAACAUUAGUCUGUUUACUUUGUUUUCUUAUUCUUGUGAACGUGUUUCUCUGUCUCUCUGUUUGUGAGAAUAGAAAAUCACAAUUAACAAUUGAUUCUAUUCUAAUUUGAUUGUGUGUUAACUGUGACAAUGUCUCAACAUCAUGUUAAACCAUCGGCCACAAUUAAGGAUCGUGAAGCUUUGUACAAAUUGAUGAUCAGUCAACUGUUUUAUGAUGGAUACCAAUCAAUUGCUCAUCAAUUGUCCGCUGUCAUCCAAGUAACUUUGGCAUCGUCAGAUCGUCUUAAUCAUUUGGUGCUUGUCGAGCUGGUGCAUUCAAUGUUGGAGUUACUUUAGUUGCCACCGAAUCUCACGAUGCCUCUAUCAAGAUAUUGGAUGUGGAAAAAUGAUCGACAAAAGUAUUGGUACUAUUCGCUAUUAUAGAAAUGAAUUAGAAAUUUUAUCUUCUUGAGAAAAGUAAAGAAUUGAGUAAACUGGUUAACCGGAUCGCAACUCUCUUUCUUCCAAUUUUUCCUUCUCUCUCAAUUCAUUGAUCGUUAGGAGGAAAGAGACUCUAUCAUCUUUGUUCAUCAUCGUUUCUACAUCUCUUUCCUCUCUCUCUCCCUUUAAUUUUUCUGGUAUAGGUCAUCAUCCUUGAUGGAGAUAGUGAGCGAGUGAGAGAAUGAGAGAGAAAAAAAGAUUCAGAGAGGUUUUUCCAGUUUCAAGAUGGACAUCGUCAGGUUGAAUUGAAACUAUUUGUCAAACUAUCAUACGAAAAAUGCUGAUAAUCUUGUUGUUGUAAACCAACUUCCUAACAUCAACUACAAAACUUGAAGCCAACAUCAACACCGAUGAGGAUGAGAAGGAAACAAACUCAAUAACCUUAACCAAAGAUCCAACAUAAGUUUUUUUCUCUCUCUCUCAUCAUCAUCAUCAUCAUCUCUUUUUCUGUUUCUUUUACUCAGCCGAAAACUACAAGAUUUUUUUUGUUUCCCUGGUUUCAUUGUUACCUUUGGUUUAUUUCUGACUCUCUCUCUCUCUCUCUCUCUCUCUCUCUCGCUGGUUUUAUUUUUGGUGUGACUCUCUCUCUCCCUCUCUAGUUGUUUCAUGUCUGGUAUUUUCAUCAUCAACUACAAUUUUCAUCUUUAUAUUUGCUCCUUUGUGAUAUUGUGUUUAUAUCUUUUCUCUUGACAACACUUUGUGUGGCUCUAUUUUUAUUGUGUACCCGGUGUGUUAACCAUUUUGUUAUCUACUAAUUGCUGCUCAUUUAACUUGUUAUCAUUGGUACAAUAUUGAGUUGUACGGAACAAAGGAGCAAUUGAAAAUAUUGUCAACUAAUUAUCGACACCAAUCAACUUUUAUAUUCGAGAAAAAAAGAGAAAGAGAAAGGAAGAGAGAGAGAGUGAGAGUGAGUGAUAGAGAAAAGUGAAAACAACAAGAGGAGAUUAAGCAAUCAUGGAUUCUUCGGAUUAUGAAUAUAUUCGUAACAUGACCUUGAUGUUUUUUCUUGAUCGAUUGAUGGACAAAGGUCAGCCGAGAAGUUUACAUGAUUUAUCGUGCCAAUUUGGUACCAAAGGAUUUACUAAAGAGAUGAGACAAAUCGCUGGUGGAUCUCAAAGAGGAUUGAGAAAAUUUCUAUCACAAUAUCCAUCACUUUUCACUAUUGAAGAAGAUCAGGUUUACAUUACAAAUAUGGUUAGCAAAGACGCUACAAAAGAGCCGGAUUAUAGCAGAGAAGCUGCUGAUUAUUUUCGUCAAAAAUUGGAACAAUAUGGACACGCCGAAGUUCCAAUAAAAAGUUUAUUCGGUCAUCGGUCUCAAGCUCCACCUGAGAUUCGACAUGUUUCUGGGCAACAUGCAAGAGAAUUCAAAGAUUUCCUUUGUAAAACUCCUGAAAUCUUUGUCGUUACCGAUGAUUAUGUCGUAUUGAAAACCGUUCUCGAGAAAGUUGGUCCUGACGGUGAACAGUUAACAAUUCGUCGCGUUCCCGAAGAGGUUUCAAUUGACCCCUACCUGAUGCAGCAACUCGUUAACAUAUUAGAAAAUGUUGUAUUCACCUUAUGUAAUAAGAAAUGUGAAAAGCAACGUGCCAACAACAACAACAACAACAUUAACAAUAACAAUAACGAUAAAAAUUACCACCGCAACAAUAAUAACAGUCCUAGUAAUGAUAAAAACAACAUGGAAACACCAACAACUAUCACUUUAGAUGAAUUAUUUAAUUUUAUGCAAGAUAAUCAUGCAAAUGAACUCUGGUCCCGUAUGGUUAAUAACACCAAUGAUCUGUGUACACUUCUUAAAAUGAACUCGAAAUUAUUUCACGUUCAAUCAAUUUACGUUGGUUUAACACCAGAAAGAGAGCAACAAAUUCGCAGUGGUCAAGUAACUAAUAAUGGAUUGAAGCUAAACACCAAUGGAUCAACCAUCAGUAACAAUAAUAACAACAUGGACAACCAUAAGAAUGAAAAUUAUAAUAAUCAGCGAAAUAGUAAUAACAACAGUAGUAACAACAGCCUUACACCUCCUCGAUCAAUGUCUCCCGUGUCAAGUGCCUCACCAGUAUCAUCACCAUCUCGAGUUAGUUCAGCGGGAUCAUUUCAACAACGAGUGAGGUCACAAAUCAUGAAAGCCUUGGCUGAAAAUGCUUCAUCAAUGUACAAAAAUGGUUAUAUUAACCAAGCCAAAAACUCACCAUACCAUUCACAAUUUAAUAGCAACAGUAACAAUUUAUAUAAUAAUAAUCACCAGCAUAAUCAUUCUUCCUCUCUAUCAUCAUCAUCAACAAAUCCAUGUUCACCUAAUCAUCAUUAUCAUCAUCAUUCAGAAUCCUAUUCUAGUGUAUCAUCUGAUACUUCAUUAUUACGAUGUACACAAAUUGUGACCAAAACAAAAGAGGGCGAAGAGAUUGUCAAUGAUAUAAUCAACACUGAAUCAAUUGUUGCCAUUGACUGUGAAGGUGUUAACCUUGGUUCUUCCGGUUCGAUUACAUUAGUUGAAAUUGCGGUCAUGUCUCGCCCACUUUCACCCACAAACGAUAAGAAUAAUCGUAAUCAAAUGAACGGUGGUAACACCAAUUAUACUAAUGGUGUUCGUGUUCCUUUACCUCAUGGACAUAGAAAUACACCGAAAAUAUACAUUUUCGAUGUACUAUUUAAUCCCGAUUUUCUAUCCGGUUGCCUGAAAAGACUAUUAGAAUCUUCCAAUGUGAUAAAAGUUUUCCAUGAUGUUCGUAAUGAUUCCAGUUCACUUUACUUUCAACAUGGAAUUAAAUUGACCAAUGUAUUUGAUACCCAAGUGGCUCAUUCGGUGUUACAACAGCAAAACUAUGGUAAACCUGUGUACAAAUCUAAAUUUAUAUCACUACAAUCACUAUGUGAAUUGUAUGCAAACAUAACCCUUAGUCCACGAAAGGAAGCGGUAAAGAAAAGUUUCCGUCGAGAUCAAAAAUUCUGGAGCCAUAGACCUUUAACCGAAGAUAUGAUUUACUCGGCAAUUUGGGAUGUUUAUCCAUUGGUUCCUGAUGUUUACCUUUCAAUGAAUAAAUCAAUUAGACCCGAAUAUUUAGAACUACUUUUACAAUUAAACAAAGAAGCAGUUCUAUCAAAGAUUAAACCUGAAGAGGUGAAAACAAGUAAAAAGUUACGAAAAAUUGACAUGGAGGUUACCGAUUUAAAGCAAAAACUUUACAACACCGAGUCGAAACAAGUUAUCCUCAGUAAUAGAGAGAUCAGAUUAUUAAGAUUUAUCGACAUGACUGAGGAGAUUAAGGCCAAAAUUGAAGGAACUCAAAAAGUGGCCAAGAAACUUGAACGAUUGGCUCGAAAACAAUCGGAAGGCAAAGAUGGUUCAGAUCAUAAUGUCAAUAAUUUGUCGAGUGAUUCGGAUGACGGAGAAUCGGAUGAUGAUCGAGGAAAUGAUUUAGAGGACGAUGAUGAUGAUUACGAUGCAUCUGAUUGUGAAUCUAAUCAAUCUCAAGAGCUGGUUAAUUGUGCCAAUAACAACAAUAAUAAUAAAAGUUUAAGCCCAUCGGAAUCAUUUUUAUCACAAAGAAGCUGCUGUAGUUGUAAUUGUCACACACCAAUCAGUGAAACUAAACAAUCAAUUAUCACAUCAACACCGAGACCAAUUAAAACAUCACAAUCGGAUCAAUUGGAAAUUCAUUAUGUUGAUGUAUCAAUUCAAACUCUAUCAACUGGAGACAUUGCAAUGGCUCAAGUUUACCUUCAAGAUGAUUAAUUAACAAAGAAACUACCAACAGAAUCAACUAUAAACAAUUGUAUACAUAUAAAUUAUAUUUUUCAAUUCAACGGACUAAAUCUGGACAAUUAAAAUCGAAACGAAUUAAUCUUAAUCAAGAUGCAAAUUGGGGGCAAAAUCUUCCACAAAAAUCAAAGAUCUUCUAAUUACUUUUAAUUGUUUCUCUAAAUCUCUCAUCUCUCAUAUUCUCCUCUUGUUAUAACAAUCAACUUUGUGUAUAAUUAUUUUCUAAUGUUGUAAUUUAAUCAAUCAAUCAAUUUUACCUUUUAAUUACCUUAUAUAUCUCCUUGAUCUUGAUUCUUGUCUCUUGAAAACUGUGUCAUGUUGUGUACACCCUUUCAUCCGGCACCUCCACCUUCACAUCCUCAUCCUAUUACCAUCUUAUUUUUCAUCAUGAUCCUAAUCAUCAUCAUCAUCUUCUCAACCUCUUUAACUUAUUUUACAAUCUUAAUUGUAUUUCCAACAACAACAAAUCCUUGAUUUCAAAUAUUUUCAAUCAAAUUUUACUUCUAGGUUACAAUCAACCAACAAUGACAACAAUUGUUAAGACAAAUCUAUGAAUUCAAUGUCAUAGAUAUUAAUUAAUCCUCUCCUUUUUUUUCUGUAUCAAUGGGAAAGGAAUUAACAGAAUCCAAAUUGUUAAAAA